UCGAUUCGCUACGGCCGCGAGGCCCAGCUCCACGCUCGGUUCUCAGCGCGCGCGGCCCGAGAUCACAAAAUCUGCGGGCCCGGAGAGAGCUGCGGCUAAUUUCUCUGAGCCUGUUGGGCUGGUCCCCGCUGGCCGAUCGUGACGAAUCUGCGGCUAAACCGGGAAGCCGGAAGAGGCGCGGGGCGGGCGGCCUCAUCCGCGCCUGCGCUGGAUAGGGAGGGGACCUUCAGCGCGUAGUCCCGCUUGUGGUCUGGGUUGCGUUCCUCCACGUGGCUCCGAGCUCGGUUCUUCAGGCUCUGAGGGGCCAGCCUUCCGUCUGCCAACGUGUCCAUCUUUCCCGGAGUGGUCACCAUCUCUCCCUGCACUCCGGAGCCCCAGUUCUCUCCCGAGUGCCACGCGUGCGCGCCUCCACAAUACCUGCUGAGCGCCGACCAGGUGCCAGGCCUCGCUCCCCAUCCCUGAGGCAAGACCCUGCUCUCUCCGAGCUACAUCCCCUACAGGGAAACGCACCGCAUCAACGGGGAUGGUUUCAGGGAUUCAUGAAUAAAGCAGUGUAAAUGAGUCAGGGUUAUGAAAUACCUGCACGUUCAGCACGUGACAACCAACCGCAGGUGGCUAUGGAAAGAAAGCUGGAAACAAGUAAAAGGAACAGGUCAUUUCCUUGGUCGUACUAGCCAUUUUUUAAGGGCUUGUAGCUACCUGUGGCUAGUGGCUGUUACAAUGCGCAGCGCACAUAGGAACCUCCGUCUUGCAGAAGCUCCUAUAGGCAGCGUCGAGGAGCAAUCUGGGAAGAUCUUGCAAAGAGGUGCUAUUUCAGCCUAGACGAUUCUUGUGGGGAAAUCUGGGAAACAUUUAUUCUUUCAACAUACAUUAAUUAAAUGACUGCUGCAUGCAGCAAGCACUCUUCAGGGCAGAGAAUGAAGAGAUAAAUUCCCUCCUCACAGAUCAGGGGGACAAAUGAAGUACAUGCGCAAUAUGCCAGAUGGCAAAUAUGGAUAAGAAAAAUUAGGCGGGGUCAGAAGAUGAGUGACCGAGGGCAGUCCCAUUUUAAACCAUCCACCUGGAUGCAGUUAGGAGAAUGGGCAGUAGGGGGUAGCCCCAGAUGCAAGGAGUCCCGCUGGGCCGAUUGGUGCAAAGACUGAUGUGGUCCAGGUGGUGAAAACCGACUGCCUGACCUGGGAUGUUUCUGUGAAGUUAGAGUUGAUGUGGGGUGUGACAGAGAGCAAGGAGUCGAGGAUGAUGCCUUCCUGAGGCUCUCUGAAAAUUCCUCCCAGUCCACUUCUGGAUUAGAGCUACUGCAAUCAUCCUUUAUUCCCCUAUUUUCCUAUUAUCCAGUAACCUCACAAAACAGUACACAGAAAGUAAGUUUCUUAAACCUUGGUAUAUCUGGAAAAUGCCUUUAUUCUUUGCUCCAGGUCAAUUUACAUUUGAGCUAGAUGCACAAUUUUAAAUGAAAAUCAUUUUCACUUGGAAAUGUUAAGGUUCGCUCCUCUGCCUUUGGCAGCCAGCACUGUUACUGAGAUAGCCAACAGUUCUCUGGGGAAAGUCUCAAUCCUUCCCAUGCAACCAGGUUUUCUCUCUGGACAUGGUUAGGAUCUCCUCCUUGUCUGCUGUGUUCUGACACUUGAUGAGAGGAGCCUUGGGGUCAGUUGCCUUUCCUUGAUUCAGUGCUCUCUGACAUGUGGUCUUAAAAAUGACAGAUGCCCUUGUCUGUGACACCUUCCUGGGUAAUCUUCCUAACAAUUUUUUCCAUCGUUUUCUUUAGUCUCACUCUUUACAGUUUCAUUUUGUUAGAUUGAUCUUAAAUGUAAUGUUUUCUUUUUCCAUUUCUUUGUCUUUCUCCCCUACUUUCUGGCCACUUGCUUUAAUUUUGCCUUUCAGCUUUUCUGUUAUUUUUUAUUUGGGGGGUGGGGUGGGUCAGUUUUUAUUUCCAAGAGCAACUUCUUCCUUUCUGAUUAUUCCAUUUUUUGUAGCAUCCAUUUCUUGCCUUGUGGACAUAAAACUUUUUUUGUCUUUCUGAGGGUAUUGAUUAGAACUUUUUUGAGCUUUUUCUUGGCUCUCAGCAUUGUUUCCUAGGUUCCUUUUCUGUUUGGGCAGAUUUUCGUUGUUCCUGUUAGAAGCUUCCGAGUGUCUAAUCAUCCUUGGCUGAGUUUUCAUAUUAAGCAGGAGACAGUAUACAGGGGAACAAGUAAGAAGGGGCUUGUACAUCUGCAAAGACUUUUUUCCAAAUAAGACCCCAUUCGCGGAUAUUGAGAUUAGGACUUGGACCUACCUUAUUUGGAGUCACAAUUCAGCCCACUACACAAUCUAUUCCCCAAAAUAAAUUAAAGUGGCUCCCAAUCUCACAUCUUUUGCCUAACCUAAGAGAGAGAUGGCAUCACAGGACGCACUGUGCAUGAUGGGAUACUGGGCCCCACUGCAGAGUUGGCUCCAAGGACUUCCUGGCCUCAGCGAGGUUCCCUGUCCUGCUCCAACUUCCUUUUGUGGGAACAUGAGUCCAUGUGCCCCUGCUAAAGCAAUCACCCCCUUCUGCCUCUGAGCCAGCCAGACCAAGGCUUCCACCCUGUAGAAUUAUUUUCUAAAGAAACUGUAUCUGUUUUAAGCUUGUCUCCUUAGGAACCCCCAAUUCUCCAGAGCCCGUGGGCUGAAAGGCAAAUGCCUUUCACUCGGUGGCAGGAAAUACCUGACCCUCAGCCAGAGUCAAAGAAGGAAAACCUUUCCACUUAGAGCUAGAGGGAGCAUGGGCUGAGGCAGGAGCACAAAUCAUCCUCCCAUAGUCGGCGGUGACACCACUCCUCGUCCAUCUCAGAAUGGGCUGCCUGGGCAGGAAGACCCUGUCUUUCUUCCUUAUUUUCGUGCCUAUAUAUCUGCAUGGCGCUUUGUCCCAGGAAGCUGGCCCUGCAGGGCAAAGAAAACCAUUUUUCGAGAGGCUCCGCCGACUGGAGGAGCAGUUUCGGAGUUUCCGGGAGGUGACCUUAACACACCUGCAGGCCAUCGCCAGCAACUACAACCUGUCCUUCAACAUUGAUGCCCGGUUCCGGAACCUGGCCCAAGAGAGCCAGGCCGUGGCUCUGGUGGUCAACCAGUCACAGGCUGCUGUGCAGGGUGACCUGGGCCACCUCAAGACCUGGAUGAAGAAGACGCAGCACAGGAGCCGGAAGGUGGACUCUAGGCUGCUGGCCUUGAGCACCGCCCUGAGUGAGAGGAGCCAGCAGCACACCCGGGAGAGGAAGGAGCAGGAGGCACAGAGGGAAGCCCUGUCCAGCCUGGUCCUGGAUGUGCGGGCCCUGCAGGACACACUGGCUCAUCUGAUGCACGUUGUGCAGAGCCAGGGUGCCAGACUGGCUAGUCUCAAGGGGUGGCUGCAGGUGGCUGGCCUGGGUACCGAAGACCCGGUCUGGCCUCCUGCCCAGCCUGGGCCACCAAGCCCAAGCUCCCCAAAGCUGCAGGGGGCCAGGCAGGUGCUCAGAGCUUUGCCUGAGCCCAGGGACCCACCCCAGGACUUCGCUGGCCGUCUCCAGGGAUCACAGGAGCCCCCAGACCUAGGCAGUCAGAGGGCACAGCCUCCUGAGAUACCGGGAGAGAUUUGCAGCGUGGGCCUUGCACUCGUCUUCCCAAAUGCCUCCACCGAGAAUGUGGUCUUUCUCAGUCCCAGCUUCCCCUUGGGCCUUCGGGCCCUGUCUGUCUGCAGCUGGGUCCGCACAGCCUUGGGCCGCCUGGGCACCCUCCUCUCCUAUGCCACCGAGGAGAAUGACAACAAGCUGGUGUUGCACGGCCGGGACUCCCUAUCCCCAGGCUCCAUCCACUUUGUGAUCGGAGACCCGGCCUUCAGGGAGCUACCCCUGCAGCUGCUACUGGACGGCCAGUGGCACCACAUGUGUGUCAUCUGGACAUCCAUCCUGGGCAGGUACUGGCUCCACGUGGACCGCAGGCUAGUGGCCACUGGCUCCCACUUCAGGGAGGGCUAUGAGAUCUCUUCUGGUGGGUCCCUGGUGCUGGGCCAGGAGCAAGACAGCAUGGGGGGUGGGUUUGACAGCUCUGAGGCCUUCGUGGGGAGCAUAGCAGGUCUGGCCAUAUGGGACCGUGCGCUGGUCCCCAGGGAAGUCUCACACCUUGCCACUGGGAAGGAGCUCCCUCCGGGCGCCAUCCUGACACUGGCCAAUGCCACAUCAGUAGGUGGAUUUGUGCAGAGGGUGAACUGCACCUGCCUAGAGCUGUGUCCUUGAGACCUCAUCACCUGGGAGCUAUGGUCAUGCUCUAGGCUGGCAGGGGAACAAGUCUCCAGCCGUGCCCGGCCACCCCAACCUCAACACACUCCACGGAGAGCCCCCACCCAGACUGGGAAGCGAAGGGCAGGAUGCUGACUCCAACCUGGGCCAGGCACACC